GAAAUGGAAAGACAAAAAUGGAGAUAACCACUUUUAUUCCACAGCAGGCCUAUUCAAUUUUGUUUCUUGCCUACUUUCCAACAGUCUUAACUGUCAAUGCCGAACGAGUCUCAUACAGUGCCCAAAUGGGAGGAGAAGUGCUAAUGGGCUGCCACUUCUACCCUUUGUCACCGCAUCCUUAUGAGGACUUGAUAGUGGCUUGGUCCUGGAAGUUCAGGGCUUCCAUCCACUUGGUGUCCUUCCUAGAAAGCGGGCUGGAGCUAGAUUCUUCCCAGCAUCCGGACUUUAAGGGUCGCGCCAGGCUUCUCACCGAGGAAAUUAAAGAUGGCCGGGCAGUACUGCAGUUGUCCAGGCUUCGCAUCAACGACUCGGGAAACUACGAGUGUGUGGUGCGGACGAGGAACGGGGCUGACUAUAAAUACAUUCAACUAUCUGUUACUGCACCUUAUAAAACAGUCACAAAAACGAUUUCCAAGACGGUACCCGGAGGCAAGUUUGUGUUAAACUGCCAGUCCGAGGGCUACCCGAUGUCUACGGUGGCUUGGGAGGAUGGUCACGGGCGAAAUCUCAACGCCAGCACAAGCACCAGCGUCGUGACGACAGAGGAGGGCCUCUACAGAAUCACAUCUGGGAUACAAGUGGGAUCAUCGCAGAAAAACAACUACACCUGCCGCUUUGAUAGUAAUUCCACCUCUGCAACUUUUCUUAUCCCAGAUGAAACCCAGAAACCGGAGGAGAACACAAACACUGCAGUACUAAUUGGCACAUGUAUCGGAAUAGUACUUACGAUUGUCCCCGUCAUAGUGCUAAUUCUCUGUUGGCAAAAAGGUCUUUCCAGGAAAAAACAAAAUAUAUCAAGGGAGCAAAGAGAGGAAGAAGACAUUUCUAUUUUUACUGAGGAUUGCAAGGUGAACCAACAGCUGGAGGUUUUGAAAGAUCCUCAGGCGGGCAACUCCUCUGAUGCCGAAACCAGAUGGAAAUCUGGAGCUGCCCGCAUGCAGGAAUUGCCUUGCCGGUUACUUAUGAGCGUCUGCUUGAUGGUCUCCAAGCUUUACUGCCAGACAUCAGAGGAAGACAAUUCUUUGAGGGCCCCAGAUCUUGCAGGAUGAGGAAGACGGGGUUCUUGUGACAUUGUAGCCCAGAGUUCAAGGUUAAAAAGGCAAUCUUGGUCGGGUUGACUGAUGUACCGUAUUUUCCGGCCUAUAAGGCGCACCGGACUAUAAGGCGCACCUUCAAUGAAUGGCCCAUUUUAAAACUUUAUCCUUAUAUAAGGCGCACCGGACUAUAAGGCGCACCAUUAAUGCAUCAUGUCAGAUUUUUAAUCCAAAUCAAAUCAUUCUCCAUUUUAUCUUUUUUAUUUCAACUUCAGACGAAACCAAUUACUUUAUAAUCAUAAAAUAAUGAUUCAUAGUCUUCAGCGGGCCACUUAUGAUUGAUUUCAUGACACAAUACUUCGGGCCAGUUUGAAUUUAGGGAUUUGGUCCAUAUAUAAGGCGCACCGGACUAUAAGGCGCACUGUUGGUUUUUGAGAAAAUUUUAGGUUUUUAGGUGCGCCUUAUAGGGCGGAAAAUACGGUAGUUAUUUGUUUAUUUACACAGAGGAACCUCCAAAAGUACACGAUUGAUAAAACUGUACGUUUUUUUUCUUUUCUGUGAAACCUAACAAAUUGUGUGGCUGGCCAUGCAAAAAUAAGGUACAGAAAUUAGUUGCGGUGUACCUCUGGGUUUGAUUCUAGACCCACUGCUUUUGUUUUGUUUUUGUCAGUUCUUGAACUUCCAUUAGCCCUAAUGUCACAAUAUACACACCUCACGAUAUAUUUUUUCGAAUUGUGAACUUCACUUUUACUAGAAUCCUACAUAGUGUUGAAGGCACCGGACUGUAUUAACUGUUUUUUUAGGUACUUCAAUUCAGCUACAUUCAGUAAGGUAAAGAACAGACAGAUGUGAAAAAUAGUCAGUAUUUAAUUGAACUGUUCACACGCACAAUGAGAUCACUGGAAGUUUUUUGUCAGUGCGAAGCAGAGUAAAACUGUACUGGAGUGGCAGAUCUGUUACGUUUUCUGUCGAAAAAGAAAUGAUGAUAGUUUUAGCUAUUUUACCUCAACAUUAAAAGUCUAAUUUUACUGAAAAGAAAUCUUUUUUUUUUUUUUUUUAAACGCCACCAUUAAAAAACCAACUCUUAGAAUAAUACCAAGAUUUAAAAUACUCCUGCCUCAAGCUCUUUAACAUCUUUGUGAGGGUAAUAUAGUAGCACUAUUUAAAUAUGGCUCCUGUAUACCAGGGCGUAUUCAUAAUGGUGUAUUUGUAAGAUUUAAUUUCACUCUUAAAGACAUGGGACCUGAAAGUAAUCAUCUGUUUAGUAUUGUAUUCAGACUUGUGUAAGGGCUGGUUCUAAAACCAGCUCGCUAGUAAUGGAUCAUUUUGGUUCCCUGGGAAUGAUGUGAACGUUAUCACUGGAAAAUGAAUGCACUUAUAAAAAUAAAUUGUUUCUAACCUUUUCAAA